GCCAACCUGCACGGAGGGGAGCUGGUGGUCACGUACCCGUUCGACAUGAGCCGAACCCCCUGGCUGGCCCAGGAGCUCACCCCGACACCGGACGAUGACGUGUUCCGAUGGCUCGCCACCGUCUACGCCACCGCCAACCCCGCCAUGGCCAACGGCAACAACCGCAGGUGUCACCACGAGGAUUUCACGCGCUUCGGUAACAUCAUCAACGGAGCCCAGUGGCACACAGUGGCUGGCAGUAUGAACGAUUUCAGUUACCUGCACACCAACUGCUUCGAGAUCACCGUGGAGCUUUCCUGCGACAAAUUCCCGCACGCGUCCGAGCUGCCCCACGAGUGGGACAACAACCGCGAGUCUCUGCUGCUCUUCAUGGAGCAGGUGCACCGAGGCAUCAAGGGCGUGGUUCGGGACGAUGACACCGAGGAGGGCAUCCCCAACGCCAUCAUCUCCGUGGAUGGCAUCAACCACGACAUCCGCACCGCCUCGGGCGGUGACUACUGGCGGCUGCUGAACCCGGGCGAGUACGAGGUGACGGCGCGGGCCGAGGGCUACGAGGCGGCCACGCGGCCCUGCCGGGUCUACUUCGAGAACGUUCCCACCCCGUGCAGCUUCCGCCUGGCGCGGGCGAGGAGCCGCCACCGGCCCGGGGGGACCCGCCCGGGCCCCGACCCGGCCCUGCGGCUGCAGCGGCUGCAGCCGAGCGAGCCCCGCACCCAUGGGCUGAACGCAUCCGGCAUCCUCCAGCGCCGGGAGCCGCCGGCGCAGACCGGCCUGGGGCUUGCGGGAAACAAAACCCCCACCCCCAAAAGAAAAUAA